CUUUAUGUCUUAUGUCAUCGAUGGUUUUGUUUAUGCUCGAGUGACAUUUUAAUGACAGCACAGCAAUGAACAGAGGAGUGUAUUGAUUUAAUUUUCUAUAGUUUUUCUUUAAAAAUAAGCAUUCGAAAUAUGGGAAACGUUGACACGAAAUUAAAUUUUAGAAAAGCUGUCGUUCAACUCACAUCAAAGUCAGAGCCAAUUGACUCCAGUGACGAUUCAUUUUGGGAACAGUUUUGGUCAGAAAACGUAACGAAUGUUCAAGAUAUAUUUACGUUGGUCCCAGCGACAGAGAUAAGACAGUUACGGGAAGAUGCCCCCUCGAAUUUGGCGACGUUGUGCUAUAAAGCUGUUGAGAAACUUGUAAAGGCUGUUGAUAACAGUUGUCGUACACAUUAUGAACAACAAACUGUUCUGAACUGUGCAAGACUAUUGACCAGGAUUUUACCAUACAUCUUUGAAGAUCCCGAAUGGAAAGAUUUUUUUUGGUCCUCUUUGCCAAGUAGAGAGGAAGAAUAUGAUGAGUCUGUACCUUUGGCCCAUUCUUUGCUUAAUUCUGUGUGUGACUUACUCUUCUGUCCAGACUUUACUGUUGUGGCAAGCAGAAAAAGUGGACCAGACAAGGCUGAAGAAUUAUCUGCUAUUGACAGCUGUGAAUAUAUAUGGGAGGCUGGAGUAGGUUUUGCCCAUUCUCCACCGAGAAAUCCCACUUUUGAUGCUAACAGAACUGAAUUAUUGAAACUGCUUCUUACCUGCUUUAGUGAAACUAUGUAUCAUCCCCCUGCUGAUAUAACUGAGAAUCCUAACAAGUGGAUCCUAUAUUUAACGUCCGCUGAAAACAGACACGCACUUCCAAUGUUCACGUCUUUGUUAAAUACAGUAUGUGCUUAUGACCCUGUAGGUUUAGGUGUACCAUAUAACCAUCUAAUAUUUAACGAUUCCCUUGAACCACUGGUUGAAGCUGCUCUUCAGAUUCUUAUUGUUACCCUAGAUCAUGAUACCAGCUCUUCAACACCAGCAGAAAGUGAAGAUGUUUCAGUUCCCGAUAAUCUAUUCAUCAAUUAUCUUUCUCGUAUACACAGAGACGAAGAUUUUAAUUUUAUCUUGACUGGUAUAACACGCUUACUAAAUAAUCCACUAGUUCAAACUUAUCUACCAAAUUCCACCAAAAAAGUGCAUUUUCACCAAGAAUUGUUAGUUUUCUUCUGGAAGUUAUGUGAUUACAACAAGAAAUUUUUGUAUUACGUAUUGAAAAGCAGCGACGUUUUAGAAGUGUUAGUUCCUAUUUUAUACCAUCUGAACGAUUCCAGAGCUGAUCAAUCACGAGUUGGCUUGAUGCACAUCGGAGUAUUUAUCCUGCUUUUACUGUCUGGCGAACGCAACUUUGGAGUUCGUCUCAACAAACCCUACACCGCUACGAUUCCAAUGGACAUUCCAGUUUUUACAGGAACUCACGCCGAUCUCUUAAUAAUCGUAUUCCAUAAAAUCAUCACCACCGGCCAUCAAAGAUUACAACCCCUUUUUGAUUGUCUGCUUACAAUUCUAGUCAACGUUUCCCCAUACUUAAAAACAUUGUCCAUGGUUUCGAGUACGAAGCUUCUACACUUACUGGAAGCUUUCAGCACUCCCUGGUUCUUAUUCUCCGCAUCCUCGAACCACCAUCUAGUAUUUUUCCUUCUUGAAAUCUUCAACAACAUCAUCCAGUAUCAGUUCGACGGGAACUCCAAUCUUGUAUAUACGAUUAUAAGAAAGCGCCAGGUGUUCCACAGUUUGGCCAACUUACCGGUCGACUACAGUUCCAUCUCGAAGUCGAUCAACAAGCGGACGAAGAAGAGAAUGUCCAGCUCGAUCAGUCACGAAAACAUCAACGAGCAAGCCAUGGAGGGAUCACAUCCAGCGCUGCCUGCUGAGCCGGGUACGUUGAAGGCCACUCUGCCCGAUACUCCGCAGAUUGCGCAGAUGACGGAGAGAGAGUCUGCGCAUCCGGCGAUAAAGCAGGAGGAUGGCCUUACAUUGGCGAACGGAAUGGCCACUUUAGCGUUAAAUACACCAUCGAAGACUGCAGUUACCAUAGGAAAUAGUAGUAUUAGUGAGGUAAAUACCAAUGACGCGUACGAGUUGAAAGAAUCUCCGACUCCAUCCCCGACUGGAACACUAACCAGAUCAGUGAAUGCGCGUAAUAGUUUAAGAGUUAGUGCACCGAGUGAUAAUAUAAACGGACAAUGGGUACCGACCAGCGAAUGGGUGCAUUCGUGGAAGAGCAAAUUACCACUCCAAACUAUCAUGCGAUUAUUACAAGUUCUCGUGCCUCAAGUUGAAAAGAUUUGCAUUGAUAAGGGACUGACUGAUGAAAGCGAAAUAUUGAAGUUUUUACAGCACGGUACCUUAGUAGGCCUUUUACCCGUCCCUCAUCCUAUUUUAAUUAGGAAAUAUCAGGCGAAUUCGGGCACUACUACUUGGUUUAGAACGUAUAUGUGGGGAGUUAUAUAUUUAAGGAAUGUGGAUCCUCCAGUUUGGUACGACACUGAUGUAAAGCUAUUUGAGAUCCAGCGCGUCUAAAAUUUUAACUUGUUUCGUUAAAGAGUAAUAUAUUUAUAUUUAUUUGUAACUAUGUUGUGACUGUGCAUUCAACAGAUGAUUAUAUAAUGCAUUUUAAUAAGUAGUUUUGAAGAGAAUUAGAAACUAUUUUUUAUAAGACAUUCCCUUGUUAAUAAGUGUUUACUUUAAUGUUUUUGUUGUUUGCUAAGGUUACUGCUACAAAAUAGCGUUUUUUAACUGAAUGUUUCGAUGUAAGUACUAGACCAGGAAGGAUCUGUUUUUAGGUGGAUGUGAGAGGUGGCAUUCGGAUUUUUGCGGAUAAAGUUAGGUGAGAACUUCGUUAAUAAUAAUUGAAUUAUGCUCCUUCUCAAAUAUGAUAAACGCGGUAGAACAUUAAAAAAAUCGAAAAAUUGCUAUUUUUGAACGAGAAUAACUUUUGAUUAAAAAAUAAAAUAGCAAUUCUGCUGACAGCAUUUGAAAGUUUAAGUCAAAUUAUACCGGUUUUAAUUAUUUGCAUUGCUAAAAAUUAAUUUUUUUAUUAUUAAACAAAGCUCUUUGUUUAUAAGCCAAAAAUUGUUUAUAAUUUUAAAACAUUGCUGAGGCCCCUUAAAUAAUCCGAUUCUAAUUCUGUAAAGUGCAUUAGAUAGGUAGAGCACCUCUUUAUAUGUAAAAAAAUUAGCCAACUUCUAAAUGGUCUACUUUUUGUUUAGAAAGAUUUUAAAAAAUUUGAACUUUUUUAAAAACAUCUACAUUGCAAAUUUAUUAUGCAAAAUCUAUUAGGUCGAUUUUAACGAAAUUUGGUAGACCAUUUAAGUAAGUUAUAAGAAUUUUCUAAGCGAAUUACUAAGGUUCUAAGUGCCACCAAAGUGGUUAAGAAACGUUGAAUAACAACAGGCGUAUUUUGCCCCCUUAUUUUGUAUUUAUUGCUUUAUUGCAGAAAAGGCAAUACCAUAAGACAUUUUUGACCAAUCAUAUAUCAUACAAAAUGCAAUUACCUUUAUUUUAUUUCUCUACGACUUUGUUCCGAAACGAACCGUAUAAAGUUAUAAGCAAAGAAAGCAGAAAAAAAUCGAUGUUUUUCGAAAUUUUUACAUAUUUUAAUUUUUUUAUUAAUGUUCCGGGCGUAUUUGAGAAGGAGCAUAAGUCAAUUAUUAUUACUGAAGGUGUCACCUAACUUUAUCUGCAAAAAUCCGAAUGCCACCUCUCACAUCCAAAAAUACACGUUUUUUUACAGAUUAGUCCUGGUCUAUACUGCAAGGAAUUAUUUUUUCCGGUUUUUUUCCUCGUCGACAGACAUUAUCAUAGGAUAUGCCACUUUCCUGUCAUAUUCCAACUAUCACUGUGUUUAAAAGUCUAGACACGAUUCAGCGUUGCUGGCUUCUGUCAACUGACGUCAUUGCAUAACAUCGGUUUUGUACUUUGCAGAAAUCUCAUUCUAACAUUGUGCCCGUUCAGUCAGAAGACGCACAUCCAUCAGAGCAGAUUUGUAUGUGACUGUAUCCUUCAAGAGCAAGAGCUCCCAUAGCUAGUCAAUGAUUUUUCUCAGAUGUGUAGUGAAAAGGCUUUUUUUCUGCUUCUCUCUCGAGCUAUUUCCUGAAAGUGGGGAAUCGCAUAUAAAACAGACGAAUACGAACUUUAUAGUGCCUUGGACGUUUUGCUGAAAACAUGUUCUGGAUCUAGUCAAAGAGCAGAGUUAGUAAGAUGCGUCCUCUAAGUCGACACCAGAAAUGUACUUACAUUAUAGCUGAAUGCAGAGAUCACCACUGAUUGCUAAAUACUCAAGCUUAGUAUUUUUGUUGUCACUAAAUACUGGGAAAUACAAAUUCCCUCCCCUCUCUUUAAACAUUGCCACUGACAGUUCACCAAUUGCUUAAUGCUCGCCCUGCUCACGUUUAUUUUGGUACUAAAUUUGAAAAAUUCUGGUAAAAAUGUCAAAAAAUUCUGCAGCAAAAAGUGACUGAAUAAAAGAAAUAUAACGUUUAUACUUCUGCCUACAUUCGACAAAAUAAAAUUUAAUUUAUGUCUCUUUGAUUAUUGUUAACAUACUAAAACGUUUAUUUAAUGUUGAAUAUUUUUUUUAAUUGUAAAGAAGUUCUAAAACAGUAACCAUAAGUUUUUAACCUAUGCAUAGGCCAUUUGUUUUGCAUCUGUUGUUUGCACUUAAAAUUAGUUAUAUUUAUUACAAAGCAUACAAAUCUAAAAUAUGAAAAUAUUUCACAGUAAA